AUGCCCAUACAAAGAGCAAUAAAGCCUGCUGCAAAUGCUGCGGCUCAUGCGUCGCGGCAAAUCAAUGCUGUAGUGGUAUCAAGCGGCUUCAUGCAAAAAACAGUAAAAGUGCGAAUUGGAAAACAAGUAUGGAAUAAGCAUCUUCAAAAGGUAUUUCUCCCAUUUAUUUAUUCAGCCAUAUAUAUACCAUCCUUCUCCCCGUUACCCCCACAAAGCCCCGGCCAAAACAUCACCCCUCACUAAAUCCCCACCCAGAAAUUCAACGCAACUGAGCACCUCCUCGUCCACGACCCUAACUCCUCUCUCAACACCGGGGACGUAAUCUCUAUAUCCCCGGGCUGGAGGACCUCAAAAGGCGUGCAUCAUGUCGUAUCCUCCAUCAUUGCGCCAUUUGGCAAACCUAUAUCUGAGCGACCCCCAAUCCCAACUGCGGAAGAACGAAUAGCUGAACGAGAACGCAAAUUGAUGGCGAAGGACAUUAGAAAGGGGCGGUGGGGUCGCUGGGGAUUUGAUAUGGAUCCAAGGGGGAUUGAAGGGGGUGAAUGGUACGUCGAGGGGUGGAGAAAUGAAGAGGUUGUGAAGGCGGAUGAUAGUGUGAAUGGUGAGGAAGUAAGGCUUGUGUAAAAGGAAAUUGCAUAUGGGUGCAUAUUUGGCGUUCAAGGUGUAAUACAAUUUUUGCACAGGUGUGUAGAGAUGGGAUUGUAUCAUAAAUAUCACGUGGAAAAAAUGACAUUUAAAAUGAACACAUCAU